AUGCAGGCAAGUGCUUUGCGCACAAUACCAAAUGUGGCUAAAUUCGAAUGGAAAGCGUACGUCGUGAAAGUGCGCAGAGUUCGAAUUUGCAUAAGGGGAGAAAUUUUUGUUUUCUCAAAAUGGCGUUCUCAAAUAGGUGUCUUCUUAAAAUGUGCGGAAAUACCAAAAAAAGGGAGGGAAGGGGAAAGGAAAACAAAAAAGCAAACAAUGAGGCAAACAAUGAGGCAAACAAUGAGGCAAACAAUGAAGCAAACAACGAAGCAAACAACGGAGCAAGCGAAAGUGCCCCCCAAUUGGAAAAUUUACGACUCUAAUAUUAUUUCCAAAUGGGUGAAAAAUAACGAACGAACGAACGAACGAAUGAGCACACCGCCGAACGUGCGACACAAAUGGCCUUUGAAAAAUAGAAAGCCACCAGCUCUGCGCAAAAUAAAAAAAAUUAUCCGUAAGGCGCUCGCUCUUUUUGCUAACUGUUAAUAACCAGUUGCGCAUUUGCCUCGUUGAACCGCUAUUUUUUUUUUAUUUUCCCCAAUGAGUGGCACUCAAAAAUAUGUCCGCGGUGCAGGUGAAAACUUUCCCCUUAAAAAAAGAGGAAGAAAGUUCACAAUUGCGUUCAUUUAAAAUGUUUUCUUUUUUUUAAAUCUUUAUUGUACG